AUGAUGGAGAAGAAGUUUGCUAAUAAAGAUUUAGGAAUUGAGUUAAAAUCUUAUAUUGACAAACAGCAAAAUGUUUGGUUUCUUGGAAAAGAUGUAGCAACUAUUUUAGGUUACAAAGACACUAAUCAAGCAAUUAGAAAACAUGUUGAUGAAGAAGACCAAAAAAGCUGCCCCGCCAAAACGGCGGGUCAGGUUAAAAAAAGCUGCCCCGUCGAAACGACGGGUCAGGUAAAAAAAAGCUGCCCCGCCAAAACGGCGGGUCAGGUAAAAAAAAGCUGCCCCGUCGAAACGACGGGUCAGGUUAAAAAAAGCUGCCCCGUCGAAACGGCGGGUCAGGUUAGAUGGUGUAAUUUCAUAAAUGAAUCUGGGUUUUACUCCCUUUUAUUAUCAUCUAAAUUAGAAACUGCUAAAAAGUUCAAACACUGGGUAACAUCACUAGUCCUCCCAUCUAUCAGAAAAUAUGGUUAUUUUAAAAUGUUUGAUAACCGUUAUAAUAAAAUGUUCAAAAUAGAAAAUGAGACAGAUUUACAUUACAAAGUUGUUCAACUAAUUAGAAAUUAUUAUCCUGAUUCUAUAUUAGUAGCCGGACUGGGAGAGAAUCAAGAUACAGAGGAAAAAAGGCUAGAUUCGUAUAAAAAAGGAUAUCAACGAGGACAACCAGAUCUAAUGAUUCUAGAUUAUCACAGGGGAUAUAAAGGUCUCUGUAUUGAAUUCAAAUCACCAACUAACAAUUACUGUGUAACAGAAUCUCAACUGAAGAUGAAAGAAAAGUAUCGUAAUAAUGAUUAUGCAUUUAUUCUAAGUAAUGAUUACGAUAAGAUUAGCAAACUUAUACAUAAGUAUAUGGCUGGUGUUCGUAUUCUUUGUAAAUACUGCCCAAAAGCAUUUUGUAAUAAAGAAACACUAAAUAAUCAUUACAAAGUAAUACAUAGAAUUGAGAAAAAUAUAUUAUUUCCCAAAGUGUAA